AUGGCAGAACCCCCGUUGUCAUGUGACUGUUUUGUAUCCCUGCCUCCGGGUUCUCGCGAUGAUCAUGUGAUCUUCGGGAAGAACUCGGACCGUCCACGGGAUGAGGUGCAGGAGGUGGUCUUCUACCCUGCGGCCGCGCACCCACCCGGGUCCUCGGUGGAGUGCACAUACAUUCAGAUCCCCCAGGCAGAGCACACCCAUGCGGUGGUCCUGAGCCGACCGGCCUGGCUCUGGGGGGCUGAGAUGGGGGCCAACGACCAGGGUGUGUGUGUGGGGAACGAGGCCGUCUGGACCCGCGAGCCGGUCUCCGACGGAGAGGCCCUGCUGGGCAUGGACCUGGUCCGGUUGGGGCUGGAGCGAGGUGCCAGCGCCUGGGCAGCGCUGGAGGUGAUCACUGGGCUCAUGGAGGAUCACGGGCAGGGGGGCCCCUGCAGGGAGGCCCAGGAGCCCUUCAGCUACCCAACACCUACCUGCUGGUGGACCCGCACCGAGGCCUGGGUCCUGGAGACCGCCGGCCGGCUGUGGGUCGCCCAGAAGGUCACAGCGGGGGUGAAGAACAUCUCCAACCAGCUGACCAUCGGUACGGAGAUCUCGGCCGAGCACCCUGAGCUUCGCAGCGUGGCCCGGUCCCAGGGCUGGUGGGAUGGGGAGGGGGAGUUCAACUUCUCCCAGGUGUUCAGUCCGGAGAACCCCCCCGCCCGGAUGGAACUGGCCAAGCAACGAUACAGAGGAGGCACGGCCCUGAUGAAGCAACACGACGGGUCGGUGACGGCUGAGGUGAUGAUGUCCAUUCUGAGAGACAAGCCCAGUGGCAUCUGCAUGGACUCUGGCGGCUUCUGCACCACGGGCAGCAUGGUGUCUGUCCUGCCCCGCGACCCCGGCCUGCCCUGCAUUCACUUCUUCACUGCAACCCCCGAUCCCUCCAGGUCCAUCUUCAAGCCCUUUGUGUUCUCCGAGCGCAUCGGCCCGAUGCAGCGCGUGGCCUCGCCGCAGUACGGCCCCGACGACCCCGCCAGGAGGCAGCCCCGCUUCCAGAGCCAGGUGGACCGGCGGCACGACCUCUACAAGGCCCACCAGGGCGCCCUGUCCAACAUGGACGCCAGCCAGAAUGAGGGGUUGGCCGUCUACGAGAUCCUCCGGGACCUGGAGUCCCAGUGUCUGGUUGACAUCCUGGCCAUGCUGAGCGGAGAGCUGCCUGGAGAGGAGCUGGGGGAUCUGUUCUUCGACUGUGUCGACGCAGAGAUUAAGUUCUACCAAUAAGAAGCGCCCUCCAGUGGAGAGUCCUAGUGCUUGCUGAUCCCCAGGAGCUGGCCCAGGGAAUAUUACAGUCUGAUCUGCUUCCGUUUGGCUUACUCUAAACACCUCUCUGACGUGAUUCCACCUCCCCAAGCAGACAUAAUAACUACCCUUCACUUAUCAUGCGUUUGGGCUGUCACCGCUUUCCAACCAAGGGGGUAAUGAUGAGUGAACUUCGUUAGUGAGUAUAAUGAUGUAGGCUAAUGCACAGCCAUGUUUAUGUGAUAAAGGUACCUGACUUUGCGCAAAUUGUUGAUUCAAGUACAGCAUUUGUUUGAUGUUGUUCGUUACUGUGAGUGACUAGGGCGUCUCAUGGUGGCAGUCUUGAUAUGUAAAGAUCCAAUAAAGAAUGUGUACUGUCUGUGCUUUA